AUGAGACUCAUAAACACCCACAGCAGAGCUUUUGAGGAGUUCUACGGAAGCCAGGUUCCAAAGUAUGCAAUUCUUUCACAUACUUGGGGGCAAGAGGAGGUUACGUUCAUGGAUUGGGCAGACCCAACAACAGUGACGCAGAAGUCGGGAUUUAUCAAGAUCAUUGAGGCUUGCGAACAAGCUAGAAAUGACGACUACUCGUAUAUAUGGGUCGACACCAACUGUAUCGAUAAAUCCAGUUCAGCGGAGCUUACGGAAGCUAUUAAUUCCAUGUUCGCAUGGUAUAGCAAGGCCGAUAUUUGUUACGCCUAUCUUUCCGAUGUCCCGACGUUCAAGCCGUUAUCUUAUGCGAAGGAGUUCCGGCAGAGUCGCUGGUUCAGGAGGGGAUGGACACUUCAAGAGCUCCUCGCCCCUGAUCGCGUGGUCUUCUAUGCAGCUGACUGGUCACGUAUUGGGACCAGAUCGACUCUCGUGCGCCAUAUUGCCGAAGCUACAGGUAUAGGCAUCACGUAUCUCAGCUCUGCUCCAAACACGGCAACCGCCACGCAAGUAGACUGGUCAGAAGUUCGAAGCCCAUUGUGCCAUAAAGCGUCGAUAGCUGAAAGAAUGUCUUGGUUGUCCCGCCGCGAGACAACUAGAAUUGAGGAUAUGGCGUACUGCAUGUUGGGUAUAUUUGGUAUUAACAUGCCUCUGGUGUAUGGCGAGGGGCCUAGAGCCUUCUUGCGACUCCAAGAGGAGAUUCUGAAAACAUCAGACGAUCACUCACUCUUCUGCUGGUCAUGGGCCAUGAGCAACAAUCAAAUCAGUCUUCUUGCCCCUAGACCACAUAGCUUUCUAGAAGCCUCGCCUUAUCGACCUAAUCAGCUCAGUGUCCGGCCAUCUACAUACGCUAUUGCCAAUUCGCGUCUCUCUAUUCGACUUCCUCUGAUUCAAUGCUGGUCUUCGUACAUUGCUGUCCUCAAUGCGAGGCUGGGAGGACUGCCGUAUGUCGGAAUAGCUUUGCGGAAAGAUGCUCUUACUAGCGUUUUUAGUCGAGCUUCCUACCCAGACGUCCCGAUUCCCUUGGUCUCUUCAAUUCACUAUCCGCAUUUACCACCUACAGACAUGUUCACUCCAGUACGACACGCCGACUCAGAGAGCACGAGGUCGCCAUCGCUCACUAACCGAACCCAAUGUAAGGCCGGUGCAUUGCUAUCUUUCGGCCUCGCAGGCCGCAGCUCUGCCAGAUCUAAAUUUAUUGAAAUUAAGACGUUUCCACCAAACCGGUUCUCGCAGGUUGACAGCAUACUCGUGAUAUGCCCUGCGGAUUAUUGUCAGGUCCUUGGCCCUAACUGGCUUCAAAGAAUGACUCGAACGGCUGCAGGUUUCAUAGGAGCCACCAUUGUUGAGUUUACCAUUUCACCAGGAAUGAAGGAAAUGAUUCUUUUCGCUGUCACGACUCAAAAUAAGGAUUCUUAUCUGAUACCUCAAUGGCACUACUGUGAACUGGCAGGCUUCUUAUCGGAAUCAGAGAUAAAUGGUCUUCGCAUAGAGAACGCUCUCCCACUGGAGGCUUUUCAGACUUUCGAAAAGAUCUUAUGCGAUCCCGAUUAUGCAACAAAGAUCAAUGAUUCUAACCCAGAAGGUCGAGUAUCUGUUGAACAAGCCAGAUAUGGGUUUACAACUACUAAUGCAUCGAUGUUGAUGCAUUUUGAACUCUCCCUGUAUGAGACAGCGAAAUAG